UGGACUAGACGCCCUGUGUAGCGGGAGAUGCCGGUGAAGACAACUCUGGACAAGCGCGGCGGAAGGAUGCUCGCAUCAGCACAGGAGGCAAGGAGAAGGAGCGCUUCACCCUGUGUCUUGCUGUCAUGCAAGAAGGUCCCGCUACGCAUCAUCUUGAAGGGUACGCCGUUCAUCCUGCCGGAAGUGUCGGGGAAGGGCAAGAGAACUCAGCUGCGGAAGGGGUCCAUCUCGGCAGAGGUUGCCCUUGGGAAUCGUACCAAGUUCGGGCACCGCGUGUGGGGCACGUGGUUUGGUGCGCAGGAGAACAGCUGGUAUGACGCGCGGGAGUGCGCCUUUUCGAUGUCGGAGAGGUGGAGGCUUCGCCCCAACAACGGAAGCAUCAUCAAGCAGCGCCCGAGCAACUUGGUGUUGGACGACUUGAAGGGCCACCGUGACAAGGCCUUCAUCGACGACCUCGGGAAGAGGUGCAACACAAGCGUCAGCCUGAUCCCGGGCGGGUUGGCUCCUCUCCUCCAGCCGCUGGACCGCAUGCUCAACAAGCAGACUAAGCGGCUACUGCGGGCGAAGUACACCGCCUACACCGCCACCGCGGUAGCCGGGCCGUGGGAUGGUGUCUACGUGGUGCCAGAAGGCGUAGCCAGCAAUCACCCCCGACACGGUCAAGACUUGCUUCAGAUCUGCGGGCUAACGCUUACGCUCGACGGUAAGGGUUACCCCGAGCUGCUCCAGGAGCAGCGCGUCGAGUCGGAGAAAGCACACCCCGGCGUUUCGCUGCCCCCGUUCCAGCUACCAGAGGUACACGACGGCGAGCUCAUCGGCACCAACCCCAUCACGGCUGCAGAAAAGAUGGUUCAAGGACGUCGGCUACCUCCUGCCGAUGUGGAGCUGCUGGAAUAUGACAGCGAUCUAGAGUUCUUGGGCGUGUCGGGGGGUAGGGAUAAGUCAGGAGAGUUGACGGAGUUGUGUGAAUCGGUAGUUGACAAUGCUUUUGAUCAGUAUAGAACCACACGUUAAGGUACCGUUGUUGUUGGUUGGAAGCACACCGGUAACGGGCAACGUAGGCUGGUACGUAACAGCAUUCCAUGCAGCGAGUGGUCUUGUGUUUGAUGCGAGUUUGGCUAUGGCGUGACAACCACAAGUGAUCUUGUUUGCAUCUGAGGUGGUACCAGUACACACGGCAUCAAGUGUUUCCCGCUUUCUUUGCGGUCUUCUACGGCUACCAUUACGUACGCAGCAGUACAACAGUUUCGGGUGGUGUAAGGUGAGGUAGGGUGAGGCUUGUACGUUGUGUUUGGUUGAGCGUACGGUUGGCGACUUCCAUACCAAUUAAAAAAUGAAAACAACUGGCACCCCG